GUUCAAAACUUUUCGCCCCUAGCUGGUUUGCAUACGCAACGUGCGCUGUGACAAACUUCCGUCAUGAAUUGGACUACAAAUGUCCCCAGAUCGUGUAGUUAUUUUCCCAGUCAGAUGGAUUCUGUGAGCAGCCUUUCUCUGAACCACGGCCACAUUUAGGAAAAGUUGAGCAUAAAUGCGACUUACACCAGCGGUAUGAGUCUACGGGAAAUUAGUGAGAAUCUGAAACUGGCCCGUGAAUAUGCCUUGCUGGGAAACUACAGCUCAGCCAGUGUUCUCUAUCAUGGGCUGCUUGAACAAAUCAAAAAAUAUGUGUACACGUUGCGAGACAGCAGUUUCCAGCAGAGGUGGCAGCAGCUGUGGCAGGAAAUCAUCGAAGAGAAUCAACAAGUUCAGGACAUAAUGUCAACUCUGGGGAACUUUCAGUUGGACACAGCUCCUGUUAAACCCAGUAACCAUGAUGAUUUUGAAAUGAGACCUUUGCAUGUGGAACAGAGACAUUCUCCCUGUCCUGUCAGACGUCCUACCAACCCAUACAAAGACAGCAAACCUGCAAACAACCGCCUGAGUGUGGCUGUGAAGGCCCAGCAGAGGCACCUGCCCCGAGGGGCCAACGGCGACAGAAGCAGACCUUCCAAGGGCAAAGAAAAGAAGGAACCAAAGGAGGCUGCUGGCAAAGCAAAGGACGAUAAGAAUAAAUCAGAUGUCCAGGAGAAAGAAGCAAAGAGGUUUGAUGGGGCAGGAUAUGAUAAAGACCUCGUGGAAGCUCUGGAGAGGGAUAUUAUAUCUCAAAAUCCAAAUAUUAAAUGGGAUGACAUCGCAGACUUGGAAGAUGCAAAAAAACUGCUGAAAGAAGCAGUUGUGUUGCCGAUGUGGAUGCCAGCGUUUUUUAAAGGAAUAAGACGACCCUGGAAGGGUGUGCUUAUGGUGGGACCUCCUGGCACGGGGAAAACACUUCUGGCUAAAGCAGUCGCUACUGAAUGUAGAACCACAUUCUUCAAUGUCUCCUCAUCAACUCUGACCUCUAAGUACAGGGGAGAGUCUGAGAAACUAGUUCGCCUUCUCUUUGAAAUGGCACGUUUUUAUGCUCCCACCACGAUUUUCAUUGAUGAAAUUGACUCAAUGUGCAGCCGCAGAGGAACCUCAGAGGAGCAUGAAGCUAGCAGGAGAGUAAAGGCAGAGCUACUUGUGCAAAUGGAUGGUGUUGGUGGAGCAUCAGAGAACGACGACCCAUCAAAGAUGGUGAUGGUCCUGGCUGCAACCAACUUUCCAUGGGACAUUGACGAGGCUCUGAGGAGACGCCUGGAGAAGCGGAUCUACAUUCCUCUUCCUUCAACUAAGGGGCGAGUGGAGCUGCUCAAGAUUAACCUGAGGGAGCUGGAGCUGGCCAGCGACGUGGACUUGGACAAGAUUGCUGAGCAGAUGGAGGGUUACUCAGGAGCUGACAUCACUAACGUGUGCAGGGACGCAUCUCUGAUGGCCAUGAGGCGAAGGAUCGAAGGCCUCACUCCAGAGGAGAUCCGCAACAUUUCCCGGGAUGAGAUGCACAUGCCCACCACCAUGGAGGACUUUGAGUCCGCUCUGAGGAAAGUGUCCAAAUCAGUUUCUGCAGCUGACCUGGAAAAGUAUGAAAAGUGGAUCGAAGAGUUUGGCUCCUGCUGAUGAAACAUUAAGUGUGCAGCUUAGUGUAAGGUUUUGUGUUCCUGCUAACUGAAAUGUUUUCUUGGAUCUGAGAAAUGUGUCAGCUCUGGUGUAUUGAGCUGCAAGUACAUUUCUGAAUCAGCAGGCAGGUUUAUUACAAAAGUAAUUGCACUUGAAAAGUGGUAACUCUUCCUUUUGUACAUGUUGUUGCUAUGCAAACCUUUUCAUCUCAGUGAGUGUCGAAAGAAGAACACGAGUAACUCGGAGCUGAUUGUUGAUACAAUUCAUUUUUGGACUUAAUCAUUUUAGAUGGCUGGUCCUGAACAUGUUGCCAAAAUGUUCGACAAAUCGGAUAUAGCUAUUAGAAAAACUGACAAAACUGAGUCGGCAUUUCCUGAAAUACACUAAUAGUAAAAGGCCAAACAUGUUAUAUUAUUAGUUUAUUCUCAGUGUCGUUUUAUUGUCUUUGUGCUGGUGUAUCUGUUGGAUACAGAACCAGCCAAUCAAAUGUUGUUCCCUUUAUUGUUGUUCUUUUCACUUUGCACUUGAUUUUAUUUUAAACCGUAUGGAUCUAUAACACUUUUUCUUAUAAACAUUAAACUAAGAAGCCAUUUCUA